AUGGCUGCGAGCAACGAUAUUGUUGCUAACAAGGAGGCCAUCAGUGCCUUUGAACCCAGUUUGUGGGGCGAUUUCUUUGCGACCUAUACUUCUCCCUUACAGCAGAGGUCGGAGGAGUGGAUGCGAGAGAGGAGGGAUAAACUUAAUGGGGAAGUAGGGCGGAUGUUUGAGGCUGCAAAGGCCAUGAGCAUGGCCGACACGGUGAAGUUGGUGGACACGCUUGAACGCCUUGGUAUAGAUAACCAUUUCAUCAAGGAGAUCGACGAGGCCUUAUGUCGUGUCCACGAUGAGGAGUUGGACUUUGGCAACUCCAAUGACCUGCAUGUGGUUGCCCUCCGGUUUCGUCUCCUUAGGCAACAUGGAUUUUGGGUAUCUGCAGAUGUAUUUGACAAAUUCAGAGAUGGCACCGGUAGUUUCAACAUGAAUUUAAGCAAUGACCCAAGGGGCCUGCUUAGCUUGUACAAUGCUGCUCACAUGGCGGUCCCUGGUGAGAUGGUCCUAGAUGAUGCUAUCACCUUCACUAGGCGCCACCUUGAGGUUGCAAAAAGCAAGCUUAGGUCUCCCAUGGAGGAACAGGUUUCCCGCAGCCUUGAGAUUCCGCUCCCUCGAUUGAUGUGGCAAAUAGAGGCCGUGCAUUAUAUCACUGAGUACGAGAAAGAAGAUGAAUACGACGCCAUGAUUCUCGAGCUCUCGAGGCUGAACCUCAACCUUCUUAGGAGUGUCCAUCUCAAGGAGCUCAAGCCCUCUCACUGUAAAUGGUGGAGGGAUCUCUAUGACAAUGUGAAGCUAACCUACGCUCGGGAUCGAAUCGUGGAGUGCUACUUCUACAGCAUCACAGUGUUCCACGGGGAGGAAAGCUCUGUUGCGCGAAUCAUACUUGCCAAGUUGUACGCGUUGUUAGUCUUGUUUGCGUGCUACCUUUGA